AUGUCAGACUUCGAAGACUUUGACGAUGGUUUCGACCAUGAUGAUUACGAAGAAUCCUUCGACGCCGGGGACGUAGACGUCGACGAGUUUGGAGCUGGGGAGCUAGACGUCGCCGAGUUUGGGGUCGGUGACGUCGAUGCCAGUGAAUUCGCCGAUGAACCGGACGAAGAAGGGGAGGAAGAAGAAGAAGAAGAGAAUGCUGAAGUCGACAUUGGAAGUCAAGAUUCCAAUGACGAAGAUGAGGAAGAAGAAGAGGACGAUAACGACGAAGAGGAAGACGACGACGAUGAUGAUAAUGAUGAAGACGAGAAUGACGAUGAUGAUGAUGACGACGAUGAUGACGAAAAUGAAGAUGAUGACGACGAUGACGACCAACCGGGCCUAGCCUCACUUUAUUCUGGCCCAAUUGAAGUGGAUGAAGAAGAUGCUGCAGAAGACUUCGUCCCCAAGGAUGGUGAAGAAGCUGCAGAAGAUGAUGAUAACGACGAUGAUGAUGAUGAUGAUGAUAACGACGACGACGAAGAUGAUGACGAUGAUAACGACGAAGAUGAUGACGAGGAUGGAACAGAUGAACCUGCUGCCAAGAAGCAAAGAUCAACGUGA